AUGACGUUUGUUGCUGGAAGUAAAAUGGACUUCCUGUCCCCGCGAUAUCACAAGCAGUCCCUAGCUCAAACUCUCUGUCGUUUUGGAUUGUUCGUGAUCUGUAUGGGAAUGGUGUUGACCAUGUCUAUGUAUCCCAUGCUGAGGUUCCUGGGUGGAAAGCUCCAUUCUUCCUUUACAGGGAGCUAUCUACCUGGACACCACUCUGUUCUCCUCGUCAACUGCCCCAACGAACAGACAGCCAAGGACAUCGGCCGAGCCAUUAUGGAGAGGAGGAUGGCAGCAUGCAUCAAUAUUCUGCCCAGGACCUCCACCAUGUAUUACUGGAAAGGGGAGAUUCAAGAUGCGACGGAAAUUCUGAUGUUGGUGAAGACGAGGACCUCGAAGACCCAAAGGCUCAUAGACUAUGUCAAGUCUGUGCAUCCCUAUGAGACUCCAGAGGUGCUUAGUUUCCCUGUGGAGGACGGGAGCCUGCCCUAUUUGAAGUGGGUGGAUGAGGCUGUUCCUGACGACUGACCAAUGAGGGAGAAUAUUCUCAAUGACUUGUGAUCUUAUUGGACGUGAAUCUCCAAUCUAUUGGUUUACUGGAGAGUAAGGCAACAGCGAUUGGCUGGGAACCAGCAAGCUUUGGAUUGGCUUGAGGGGUUCCAAGUUCAAACUCUUGCUUUUGAACUUGAUCCACAGAUGCUAUAUGUUUAGCUCUUCCCACCAUGACAUUGAUAUUGACUCCGUUGUUUUGGCUCUGUU